AUGAAUAAGGAAGAAGCAAUCAGUAUUAUUCAAAGUGCAAUAAAAGAAUAUUGUAAUCAGAAAAGUAUAUGGUUAAUGUUAUUUAAAGCAUGUGAAAAAGAUUUAGAAUCAUACCACAAAGCCAAACAACUUGAUGGAACAAAAGCUGAAGUAGGAGAAUUAGAACAAACAUUAAUUAAACUCCAAAACGAAAAUGCUAAAUUAAAAAAUGAGCUACAAACAAAAGAAGAUGUUAUCAAAAACUAUCAAAAAGAAUUAACUGAAAUAGAAGAAAAAAAUAAAGGAGUAGAUGAUAGAAUUUUAGAAGAAAAAGAAAAAAGAAAAUCAGCAGAGCUUGAAUUAGAAAAUAAAAAAGAUGAUAUUCUUGAAUUACAAGCGAUGGUAUCAAAUCUUAAACAAAAUCUUGCUGGAUUACAACAAGAAUUAAAAAAUAAAGAAGAAGAAAUCAUAACUGAAACAGAUAAAUCUAAUAAAGCAUUAGCAGCUCAAAAAGUUUAUCAAGAACAAAAAGAAAAAUUAGAAAGUGAAUUGGCUGAUGUUAAAAUUAAAUUAGACACAACUCAACAAGAACUUGUUGCUACUCAAGCUCGAGCUGAUGGAAAUGAAAAAGAAAUUGAGGAUAUUACUCAGGAACAGAAUGGAUGGAUCAGACAGGCUAAAGAAGCAAGUAAACAAAUAGACUCAUUAAACACUGAAUUAGAAGAAGUAGAAAAGGAUCUUGAUGAUGAAAUUAAAAGACAUACAGCAACUAAAGCAGAUCUUGAAAAAACUAAAAAUGAUUUAGAAUCAAGUAAUAAUCAAAUAAAUAAGUUAAAAGAACAAUUAGAGAAAACUAAAGCAGAAAAAGAUGAAAAUAAGAAUGUUGCUGAUCAAGAAGUAGUUACUAGAAAAGCAGUUGAAAGAAAGGUUUCUGAUUUAGAAAAGAAGGUUGAAGGAUAUAAAACCGAUUAUGAAACAGCACAAAAUCUAGUUAAUGACUUACAAGUUAAAUUAAGAGCAGUUACUAAAGAAAAGGAAGAUUUAGAAAAAGAAUAUUCAAGUGGAAAUAAUAUUCUUGAAGUGCUUCAACAAAGUAAACAAAAAGGAGAUGAAGAAAUUAUCAAAUUACAUGACGAUCUUGCAGAACAAGCUAAAAAAACUACUGAUGCUAUGAGAGAUAUAAAACAAUUAGAAUAUGACAAAGUUGCAUUAAAUGGAGAGAUUACUGACUUAAAUCUUGAAUUAGAUAAACAGAAACAAUUAGUAACUAAAUUACAACAAGAAGUUAAACAACUUCAAGAUGACAAAGAACUUAAUGAACAAGAUAUUCGAGAUGCUGGAUUUGAAAAUAAAAAAUUAACUAAUCAAAUCAAUGAUGCAAAAGAAGCUAUGGACAAAGAGUUGAUGAAAGAAGAAAAAUUAAAACAAGAAAUUCAAACAUUAAAAGAUACUAUUGCUAAAAAUGACGAAGAACAUGACAAGUUAGAGUCUGAUAUUAACAAUAAUGAAAAGACUAUUAAACAACUCCAAAAUGCAAAUAAAGUAUUAACUGAAAAUCUUGAGAAUUGUACUAGAGAUAAAGAGGCAGCAUUAAGAAAGAAAGAACAAGUUGAAACAGACUUGAAAGAGAAAAGUGAAGAAUAUGACGCAUUAAACGAAAAACAAAGAGAACUAAAUUCACAAUUAGUUACUCUUCAAAAAGAAAAUGCUGGAUUAAAUGAAACAGUUGGAACAAUAUCACCAGAUUUAAAAAAUACAAAGGCUUUAUUGAAACAAACUCAAAAAGAGUUGAAAGACGCUAAAGACAAAAUUGAAGGUUUAACUUUAGACAAUGAAGAUUUGAAAAAGAAACAAAAAGAGAUUCUUGAAGGACAUGUAUCUAUGGAAGAACUUGAAGACUAUGAAAAACAAUUACAAAGAGAAGUUGCUAAAAUAAAACAAAAGAGUGAUAAAGAAGCAGAAGAGUUACUUGAUGCAUUAGAUGCAUCCGAUAAGAAGAAUGAAAAAUUAAAUAGCAUUAUAACUCAAUACAAGGAGAAUUUAGAUAAAUUAACUCAAGAACAUGAAGAAAUGGAAAAAGCUAAAAACACUGCAGAGAAGAGAGUUAUUAUCAUUCAACAAGACGUUAAAGAUAAAGAAGAAACAAUCUCUAAAUUGGAGAAAGAUAAAAAUACUUUGAAAGAUAGAAUUACUGAUUUGGAGAGUAGAAUUGAUGGACUUGAAGGAGGAAAUGUUGACGUCAGUGUUGUUGUUAAUGCUGCUACAGAAUCUUAUAAGAAACAAAUUGAUGAUUUAAAUAAGACUAUCCAAGAUGCUAAAGAUCAAGAAAAAGAUCUUAGAGAUGAAAUUAAAGAUUUAAGAUUAGACAUUGUUGAUUUAAAGGGUGAAUUAGAAAGUAAAGAACAAGAAGUUAAUAAAGCUGGAGAUAAACUUGUGUUAAUAGAUGAUGAAAACCAAUCACUAAAACAAACAGUGAAUGACCUUAAAUUAAAGAUUAAACAAAGUGGUGAUGAAAAGAACGAAUUAACAAUGAAAAUUAAAUACAUGGAAUUACAAAUGAGUGCUCCACAAAAAGAAAUUGAAGAAAAGUUAAAUCAAGAAGUUAUGAAGAAUCAAGACCUUCAAGAUGAAAUAACAAGUAUUAACACCCAAUUAGCUGAGGCAAUUGAAAAAAGAAAGGCAAGUGAAGCGGCAUUAGAAGAAAUGAAAGAACAAAUGGAUGGAAAGAUUAGAAAUAGUAAUGACCUUGAAGCUACAUACCAAGAAUGUUUCAAUAAAAAGACUGAGUUAGAGAACAAAGUUGCUGAUCUUGAAAAUCAACUUGAAAUUAUUAAAGACAGUAUUGAAGAAAAAGAUGACAAAAUUGCUGAUUUACAAGGUCAACUCUCUUCUAACAGUAAUGAUGCUGUUGCUAAUGACAAACUUGGAGAUGCUAUGCAAUUAAAGAUUGAUACUAUUAAUAGACAAUAUUUAGAUCUUAAGAGCAAAUAUGACCAAUUAAAAUCAGACAAUUUAAUGGUUCUUAGUGAAAAAGAAGAUAUUGAGGAAGAAUUGUCAAGUGUUAAAGAGGAAAUGACUAAAAUGGAGGGAGAAUAUAGAAAGAAAGCUGCUGAGAUUGAGAAAUUAAAGCAUGACGUUAACUUUACUAAACAAGUCACUGGGGAUGAUGCUAAUGACUUAGAGAAAUUACAAGAAGAUUAUGAUCAGUUACAAGAAGAUUAUGAUGAUUUAAUGGAAGACAGUGAUGCAUUGACUGCAAAGAACCAACAAUUAGAAAAGAGAGUAACUGAAUUAACAGAUGAGGUAGAAAUAUCACAAGAUAAAAUUAAAGCCUUAGAAAAACAACUUAGAAAACAAAGUAAUGAGUUAGAAGACCAUGCAGAUGAUGCAGAGAAUGCAGAUGAUGAUUACGUUAGAAUGAAAGCAGACAACGAUAAAAUCAGAAAAGAACGAGAUGAGUAUAGAAAUAAAAUCACUGAAAUGGAAGAAAAUAUGGAUCAACUUAAGAAGACUAUCACUGAACAAGACAUUAAGAUAACUGAAUUAAGAGGAGGUAAUGGAGAAGAGGCAUUGAAAAUCAAAGCACAAAUCAAACAGAUUGAAGAAGAAAAUGAUAAAGAAAAAGAAGAGUUAUUGGCUAAAGCCCAACAAUUCAAAACGAAGAUGAAUAAAUUCAAAAAACAAGCUCAAGAAUUAGCUGAAAAAGUUGAGGACCUUGAAGGACAACUUGAAAAAGCAAAAGGUAGUGCAGCAGCAGCUGGGGCUAGUGAUCUUAAGAGUAAAAUCAAAGACUUACAAGAUGAAAUUGAAGAUGUAAAUCAAAAACUCAGUUCAGAAAAAGAGAAAUCUUCCAGAUUACAGAGGAAGGUUACUUCAUUAGAAUCAGACUCACAAGACAAAGAUGAACAAAUUGCCAAAUUGAAAAAGAAAAUCAAAAGAAUGAUGGUUGAUGAUGAUUAA